AUGAAAUGGAAUGCUCUUGCAAGAAGAAGAAAAGUAGGCGGUCUUGGAAUCAAGAAUUUGAACGCAGUUAACCAAGCUUUGCUCACUAAAUGGUCUUGGAGAUUUGCAGUAGAAGAUACAGACUUAUGGAGAACUUUAGUUGAAGAAAAGCAUAAUCUUGGAGAUGUCAGCUGGGCUACAAAAAAUCCAACUUGUACUUAUGGUAAAUCUCUAUGGAGAGCAAUUAUGAAACAUCAUCCUAUCUUUUUGAAAUAUAUUCAUUUCAAAGUCAACAAUGGAGCUCUCUGCAGGUUCUGGGAUGACAAUUGGUUAUAUCCUCAUUCUCUCAAAUCCUGUUACCCAAAUUUGUAUGCAGUAUCUAGAGCUAAGGAUCUUACUGUUGCUGCUAUGAGACCAAGUGUUGGUAAUGUUAUCAACUGGAAUCUUCAUAUUCCUAGAAGACUCAAUGCUGCUGCUACAGCUGAGUUUUCCCUUCUCUCUGCUGAUUUGAAUGGUUUUAAAUUUCACAUGUGCUGCCCUGAUGAAGUUCAAUGGUUUCUUUCAAAAUCUAAGGUUUUCAAUGUAAGUUCAACUUAUGAUAAACUCACUGAUAAUGAUGAUAGCCUGUUAACUGGUCCAAUCUUUAAUCUUAUCUGUAAGCUAAAAUGUCCACCUAAGAUUGGUUUCUUCUUAUGGUUACUGGCUUACAAUAGACUUCCAACAAGAGAUUUAUUAGGGAGAAGAGGUAUGGAUAUACCUCAGGGUUGCUUAUUCUGUGAUGCUGAUGAAACUUCUGAUCAUUUAUUGCUUCAUUGCACUUUUGCUAGACAAGUCUGGAAUGACUUCAUGUGUAAAGCAAACUGGUUUUUCUCUAUGCCAGCUGAUGUAAAUUCAAUGUUGCAAGCUUGGGGUUUAGCUCAGGACAGUAAAGAAUGCACUGCAGUUUGGUACAUAAUUCCAGCAGCCAUCAUGUGGAGCCUGUGGAAAGAAAGAAAUAACAGAGAUUUUAACAACAAGAACAGUACUGUCAGAGAUGUUAUUCACAAAACAAUUUACUUCUUAUAUACCUGGUCCUUAGUAAUAAAGGAUCUUGAGUCGGUGGAUGCGAAUGCUUUUAUGAGAAAUUGGUUUACAGUGUACUUUUCUUCUCAAUAA